UGGUCGUAACCGGGAGAUUCAGAGUGCUUUCGGCCAUACAAACAUAGUUGGUGUAUUAAAACAACAUUAGUGCAUAUAUUUCUUAAUUACCCCUCUAUUUACUGCGUCAAAAGACGUGCUCAUAAAGAGGAUGGCGACCAUAAAGCGUGAACGUGACAUUGACGAAGACGACGAUGAUGUACCUGUAAAAGUGGGUCGAGGGCAUGAUGUCGAGGACAAGAGGAGUCGCCACUGCCCCUACCUUGACACCAUCAACAGGAGUGUUUUGGACUUCGACUUUGAGAAGCUGUGCUCCAUUUCGUUGUCCCACAUAAAUGUGUAUGCCUGUCUAGUUUGUGGGAAGUAUUUCCAGGGGAGAGGACAGAAGUCUCACGCCUACACACACAGUGUACAGUUCACUCACCAUGUAUUCCUAAAUCUGCACACACUCAAAUUCUACUGUCUGCCUGACAAUUACGAGAUCAUUGACUCUUCGCUAGAAGAUAUCACGUACGUGCUGAAGCCCACAUUUACUCGCCAGCAUAUUGGCGGACUGGACAAGCAGGGCCGUCUCUACCGUGCCUACGAUGGCACAACCUAUCUGCCUGGCAUUGUGGGGCUCAACAACAUCAAAGCCAAUGACUAUGCCAAUGCAGUGCUACAGGCCCUGUCUAAUGUACCUCCCCUGAGGAACUACUUCCUGGAGGAGGAGAACUACCGCGAGAUUCGCCGGCCCCCGGGCGACAUCAUGUUCCUGCUGGUGCAGCGCUUCGGGGAGCUGAUGAGGAAGCUGUGGAACCCGCGCAACUUCAAGGCCCACGUCUCGCCCCACGAGAUGCUGCAGGCUGUGGUGCUCUGCUCCAAGAAGAACUUCCAGAUCACCAAACAGGGGGAUUCUGUGGACUUCCUGUCUUGGUUCCUCAAUGCUCUGCAUGGUGCUUUGGGUGGCACCAAGAAGAAACCAUCCAUCAUCACAAAAGUGUUCCAGGGCUCCAUGCGGAUCUUCUCUAAGAAACUGCCUCAUCCUGACCUGCCCCCAGAGGAGAAAGAGGCCCUCCUGCUGACUGAUGACUACCAGGAAGUGAUGAGCGAGGCUCCGUUCCUCUACCUGACCCUUGACCUCCCCACCGCACCGCUCUACAAGGACGAGAAAGAGCAGCUCAUCAUCCCACAGGUCCCCCUCUUCAACAUCCUCACCAAGUUCAACGGCAACACAGAGAAGGAGUAUAAGACGUACAAGGAGAACUUCCUGAAGCGUUUCCAGCUGAUUCGGCUGCCCCCAUACCUCAUCUUCUACAUCAAGAGGUUCACCAAGAACAACUUCUUUGUGGAGAAGAACCCCACCAUUGUGAACUUCCCCAUCACGAGUGUGGACCUGCGUGAGUAUCUGACCGAAGAGGCCCAGGCUACAGAGAAACACACCACCUAUGACCUCAUAGCCAACGUGGUGCAUGAUGGGAAACCCACAGAAGGAUCCUACAGGAUCCACGUUUUACAUCAUGGCACAGGGAAAUGGUAUGAGCUUCAGGAUCUACAGGUCACAGAUAUUCUUCCCCAGAUGAUCACGUUGUCUGAGGCGUACAUACAGAUCUGGAAGAGGAGACAGAGUGAAGAGGACGAGGACAGUCACACAGGAGCCUAAGAGACUGAGUAUUUUGGCAUGCUUGCUGCUGUGUGGAUACUGAACAUUUGUUUUGUUUUGUUUUUUUUAUACAUAUAUGUUUUACCUUCUCAAACCUGAAACUCUUGUUUUGAGCUCCAAAGGCUGUUAUUGUAGCAGAUAAAAAUCAGCUCAUGAGCUUAUUGAAAGAAACAAAGGGCAUGUAAUAAUUAGGUCUCAGGAAUGCUGCCCAACAAUGCUAUCUGAAAUUCUACCUGCUGAGUCACGGAAUAAACUGACUACAAACAUGAUACAA